CUUGCGUCCAACUUCGUGGCCGUGUUGCCUCUCGUCCAUACCCUCUUUUUCUUCCCAUUAUGUGGAGUCCCGCGAGUCGUUGCGUUAAAAUUAAUUUUAAAAUUAUACAAUAAAACGCGUAAAUGUUGUGAAAAAAACAUGUGCAAUCUGCUCUCGGUGUUGUUGUUGAUCGAUGAGCAGUGAAGGACGCAGCAAGUGCUCUCCAACCUCCCUACCACCCCCGAGCGUCAUCCAAAAACGUGACUAAUGCACUGCUCGCGUAGCCUCUCUGCUGCUGGCGCCGUGGACAACACAACAACAACAUUCUAUACGGCAGCAGCACAAACAUCGGCGUCGGCAGCAGCCUCGGCCAGCACAACGCCAACGUCGAACAAGACGACAACAAUGGCCACAACGGGGGUAACGGCGACCACAGGGCAAGCGGCAACAAAUGCUAAAGAUGGUAAGUUCCGUUUCUGGUCAAAGUCAAGCCCUCCAUCAACGAGCAGCACUCCGCACCCCACUUCUGGCGUCACAAUGCGGGAGAAGAAAGGAGGAGCCCUGCAAAAGCUCAAGAAGAGGCUAUCCCAUAGCUUUGGGCGAUUAACAAUUUCCCGCGAAGAUGGCGACGAGUCGACGGCGCACCAUCAUCACCAUCAUCAUCAUCAUCAUCGCGGCGGCCAUGGCGGGCAUCAUAAUCACGGUAACAAAGUUCCAUACAAUGGCUACAAUUCGGAGGAAUAUCUGGAUCGUCUCGAACCGAAUGGCAAUAUACCCGCUGAUAAAACAAAUUGCAGAUAUGGAGCCCAAGAAUCUGCGAAAAAUGAUAGUAAGAAACCACAAGACUGGCGCAGCACGGACAGCACCGACCAUCACGAUCGCGUCCAGAGGCAGCUGUCCGUCUCCUCCGACAGCAAGCUGCUCGACGAGGACAUCCGUGAGGAGAUGAAGUACCAUUCGCAUGUGGUCAUGCGUCCCAAGAAGCCGCCCAGACCCAAGUCCGAAGUAUUCCUCAACAAGCAGGAUCCGCAUCCGCGACGCAAACGCUUCAGUGCAUUUGGUGGCGACUCCCCAUUCGGGAAACAGGAGGCCUACGUCAAGCUGGAGCCACUGGGCGAGGGAUCCUAUGCGACGGUCUACAAAGGAUUCAGCAAAUUAACCUACCAGCGGGUGGCGCUGAAGGAGAUCCGGCUGCAGGAGGAGGAGGGGGCACCCUUCACGGCCAUCCGCGAGGCCUCGCUGCUGAAAGAACUGAAGCACAGCAACAUCGUGACACUGCACGACAUCGUGCACACCCGUGAGACGCUGACCUUUGUCUUUGAGUAUGUGAACACGGAUCUAUCGCAAUACAUGGAGAAACAUCCGGGCGGUCUGGACCAUCGCAAUGUGCGCCUGUUCCUCUUCCAGCUGCUGCGCGGUCUCUCCUACUGCCACAAGCGUCGUGUCCUCCAUCGCGACGUGAAGCCGCAGAAUCUGCUAAUCAGCGACUGCGGCGAACUGAAGCUUGCCGACUUUGGCCUGGCCAGGGCCAAAAGUGUACCCAGUCACACAUAUUCGCAUGAGGUGGUCACGCUCUGGUAUCGUCCACCAGAUGUCCUGUUGGGCAGCACCGAGUACUCAACAUCACUGGACAUGUGGGGCGUCGGCUGCAUCUUCGUGGAGAUGGUGACUGGGAUGCCAACAUUCCCCGGCAUACGUGAUACCUACGAUCAGUUGGACAAGAUAUUCAAAUUGCUGGGCACCCCCACCGAGGAGACGUGGACGGGGGUAACCCAUUUCCCGGGGUACAAGCCCCACAAGCUGGGCUUCUAUCGGCCAAGGAAACUGGGUCACAAUUUCCCACGACUGUACGACAUCAUCGAGGGCGAAACGAUAGCGAACGCCUUCCUGCAGCUGAAUCCAGAGGAGCGGAUCGGCGCCGAUGAUGCACUGCUGCAUCCCUACUUUGCGCAGUUGCCAAAGAAACUCUACGAAUUGCCAGACGAAACCUCAAUAUUCACCGUGGAAGGCGUGCAGCUGUACACGGAGCCAAAUCGACAGAAUAAAUGAAAAUUAAAGCAAGUCCUCUCUGUGGAUGGCGUACGUUUCUAUUGUUAGGGGAUCCUAAAGCAUAAUCCUCGUAAAAACCCGAGCCCCAAAUGAAAUAUAUAUACCCAGAGCCCCCCAAUCAACCUCCUGGACUAGGCACAAGACAUCAGUAAAUCAAUCGUAUCAAUCAACCUAUCAACCAAUCACUUCAGACAGCCAUAUAACCGACGAAGGAGUGUUCCAGUUGCAGACCUAUAUUUUUGUUUGUACUAUAAUUCUAUGAUACUUUCUAGUUAUUAGUUCCAUUCGAAAGCGAGUGAGUGUAGCGCGGAGCGGAGCGGAGAGAGUACUCUUCCAGUACGCAGAUACAAUUUCAGAUACACCUAGAUACACAGCAGAUAGAGCGGAUACAGCGGAUACAGCGGCCAGCCAGUGGCAUUUUAUGUUCAGUCAAAUUGUAAAAUUUAGUUUAGAUUUCUUGUAUUUUAAGCAGACCAUCGUGUCCCGUCCCGAUCCGAUCCCUUCUCAAACCCGCGGCCUUGUCAAUAAGGAUACUCAAUUUAGUCAGUGCGCAGAGAUAUGUGCGUUUCGUGUUUAAUUUGCGUGAAAUGAUAUGUGAAUGUGCGUGUACCCAUAUCCUACCCAUAUAUUUUGCUCUUUAGUUUUUAGUAUAUUUUUGAGGGGAGGAAUCGCCCUAAUCGAGUGCAAUCCACACAAAAAUUGAUGGAUUGCUCGCUCAGUGCAAAAGUGGCAUCAAUUUUCACGCAAUUUGUUCAGCGAAGCGAUCCAUCAAGCACUAAAAAAGAACAACAUUAUUUCUGAUAUGAUUUCUCUCACAAGUCCUUUAGUUGGUUCCGCAUAUUUGCAGUACUAUAUAGUUUUUGUAAUGCUUCUUUGUCAAUCAAAUAAAAUGGGGGGUGUUCGCCGCGCUGUUUAAGUGAUAAUUUUAUAAUUAUUAAAUGAAUUUAUGUAAAAACAAAUAAAUUUAAAUCAUUUAUACCAUUUAAUUUGUUGCAUCUUUUAUAUUUGAUUAUUGUUUAUUAAUUGAUUCUUUUCUGUACUUUUUAAGUUCCUAAAUUAGUGAUAUACUCCAUCCAUUUAGGCGAAUGAAUGUAGUGUGUCGAGAGGCGAUUCGAGUCGAGUCCCGAGUGAGCGACGAGCGAGGAGACCCCCAGGAGGGAGGCUGAUUGAUUGAAUCAUAAACAUUUUCGAGGCAAACGUAAGCGAACGAACGAAUACUAGAUAAACAAUUAAAUUUAGCAAAGAAGCGAAAAUAGUAGAGUGAAAUUUUUAGCAAUCGACCGAAGGAAAGUACGAGUAAAUUCGACAUUAAAUAGCCAUCAAAUCAAAUCAAAUCAACUAAACACUAAACACUAAAGUAACCUAACCAAAUACGAGUAUUUUACAUAGAGUUUGUAGCGCAAGAAUCGCAACCAAUGAAUCCAAAAUCCAGAAUCCAUUAAUCCAUUACCAUAUUUCUAAGAAACGUUACGUACGAUAUAGGACCCGACGCCGAUGAGAGGACGCCCGCUGAUUACGGCGGGUCGCGGCGAUUUUAAAUGAAUGAAAUGAAGAGCUAACAAAAUGUGCAAAUUUGAAAUCAAAGACACUUGAGACGGUUUUGAAACAACAAGUAAAUGAAUCAAAAACGAUUUGAGUAUAGAGCAACUAAAGCGUAGAACAAAAUAUAUUAUGAAUAUCUAUCUCAAAUAGAUAUACAUACGUAUACAUAUACAUAGAUUUAUCUAUCGGAACGUAAGGACGAGCACAUUUGAGUCGUAUGCAAUCAAAUUGCUGAGAUGAGAUGAGAAGAGAAGAGAUGAAAAUUACUGAUGAAGGUUUUAUGAAAGGCAAAAGCCCGCAGCCCCCAAGCAAAGAACGAGAAACUUUGUGGGGGCUUCAAAUGGUACAUGCAGGCCAUUGCUAGACUUUUGGCAGGCAGUGUGCCAUGAUCAACGCGCGCGUUUUCGUAGCGAUACCAGAUUAUAUUUUGUAGCAAAAGUAAAAAAAAAAAAAUUAAACUAAAACAAAAACAAAAACAAAGAGAAAACAAAAAGAAAAACCAAAACAAAAAAAUAUUUCAAAUGAAUAAACUUUUUCUGUGAUUUAUGAAAAAAGUAUGCAAAGACAGACACAGACACAGACAGACAGAUAGACACAGACACAGACAUAGACAGAAAGCACACAAAAAAACACUCCAGCAUGAAGAUAAACUAAACAGAAACUAAAACUAAAAUGAAAAUGAAAAUGAAAAUUAGGCACUUUAGAGAGAAAACAAAACUCAAGUAGUAGAUGCUGGCGCAAAGCGAAAAUUGUUUAGAAUUAUUUGCUAGCCAGAGAAACAAAGAAAAGUACAUUAAAAUGAACCGAAAUUUGCACACACUCAAAAUUAAUGAAUGCCAAAAAGCAUUGGGAAAAGUUGUUCGAGAGGUAAACACUGGAUUCCGUUCUAUAUAUUUUUGGGUUUCCUGCGAAUUUUCACCCAUAAAAAUUGAGCAGGGGCAGAUAGAGAUACAGAGUAACAGUAACAGAAACAGAUACAGAUAAAGAGAGAUGAAAGAUGAAAGAUGAAAGAACAGAGGUAGUGACAUUGUAACGAAGCAUGGCAACGCACUUUUUGCACUUUUUCCCAUCCCGAAGGUUACGUCCAUAGUUUGUAAGCCAAUGGCCAAUGGAAACAACAAAUCGAAUCGAACGAAUAUGAAUCAAACGAAGAUUGAACUGGUUUUCGUUUCUAUUUUGCAAUCUAACGGAUACACGUAUCGAUGCUUUUUCGAGGCAUUUUUCUCUAAUUGAAUCAAUCCUUUUGCACAACAUUCGCGAAAAAAAACCAAAAAAAAAAAAAACCCCAAGAACAGAUUAAACGACAAUUUAAA